AUGGCUUCUCCUCUGCUACCAUCUGUAACCACCUCUAUCGCUUCUUUCCGCCCAGCUUUGUUCCCUAGCAAGUCCCAAACCAAUUGUUUAGUUGGAAAUGGAAGGCAUUGGUUUGCAGUAGGUGGAUCUAGACUACUCCUACUGCCAUGCAAAGCAAAGCAUGGUGAUCACAACAACCCUAGCAACAAGAACCAAGACGAGGUCACUAGUAGUCGUGAGGGAAAAUUUGACAGGAGAGAUAUGCUGUUUGGUCUAGGAGCUGGAGGGCUGUACGGGGCGGCAGCGGCUGGUCUUGACUUGAACCGGUUCGCCUUGGCCGACCCAAUUCCAGCGCCGGACAUAAACAAGUGCACCCUGACCACCGAGGACCUAAAGGGACUCGACUGUUGCCCCAAAAAAAGCGAUAUAAUCUACAAUUUCCAGCUACCCGCCUCGCCACCAGCAGUGCUACGCACCAGGCCUGCAGCUCAUAAUGCCGCAUACCACCCAGAGUAUGUAGCCAAAUACAGACUGGCCAUUGCGCUCAUGAAGGGCCUUGGCGACGACGACCCACGUAACUUCCGGAACCAAGCUAAUGUGCAUUGCGCCUACUGUGAGGGCUCAUAUCACUACACUAUGCCUACAAAACAUGGCAUUAUAGACGGGAUUCUAAAAGAAAUACAAGUUCACUCCUCGUGGCUAUUCUAUCCCUUCCACCGCUGGUACUUGUAUUUCUACGAGAGAAUCCUUGCCGACCUUAUUCAAGACCCAACUUUCGCUUUGCCCUUCUGGAACUGGGACGCUCCGGACGGCAUGUACAUGCCAGCCAUUUUCGAGGACGACCCCGUAAUAAACCCUCUCUACGAUGCCAACCGAAACGCCAAGCACCGCGUGCCGGGGACGGUUUUAGACCUCAACUACCACGGCAAGGACGGCAAUACCAAGGACGACAACACAAUAAUCAAUGAUAAUCUCCGCACCAUGAACUCGAAAAUGCUGUCUAUUUCAAGCACAGACUGGUGUUCAUUCUUCGGUCACCCUUACCGCGCUGGAUACCAACCAAACCCCGGUGCUGGCAAUAUUGAGAGUAUCCCUCACAAUACCGUCCACAAUUGGGCUGGUACGGACUCAAGCUUGCCACCAUACACUGGGGAGGACAUGGGAGUCUUCUACUCUGCGGGUCGAGAUCCCAUCUUCUUCGCACACCAUGCCAACGUGGACCGCAUGUGGUACUUGUGGAAGAACAACUUUGGGGGACAGGACAUAGAAGACACUGAUUGGUUGGACAGCUCGUUUCUGUUCUACGACGAGAAGCAGCGCCUUGUUCGUGUUACGGUCCGGGAUUCCCUGGACACGACCUUGCUUGGGUAUGACUACCAAUGCGCUGAUAUUCCUUGGAUUGACCCCGCCUACAAGCCCACCCCUCGCUUUCCAGCCAACAAGACAGAACCGCAGGUUUCCUUUGCUGAGCUUUCCACCAAGUUCCCAGCCACCUUGGACUCCACCAUCAGUGUUGAAGUGGCCAGGCCGGAGGAGGUCAGAAACCGGAGCGACGUGGAGAAGGCUAAACAAGAGGAGGUGCUGGUGAUCCGUGGGAUUGAGUUCCCGGCGAAUGUGCCCGUCAAGUUUGAUGUGUAUGUGAAUGAUGAUGCCAGCUCGCCCAGCGGGCCGGACAAGUCCGAGUUUGCCGGUAGCUUUGUUCACGUGCGGCACAGGCACGACCAUAUUAUAAAGACCAAGCUGACGUUAGGGAUCACGAGGUUGUUGGAGGACCUGGGAGCCGCAAAGGACGACAGUGUGGUGGUGACCUUGGUGCCAAGGAACGGGGAAGGAAAAAUAAUCAUUGGUGGAUUCUCCAUUGAGCUUUCUCCUUGCGUCUGA